AUGUCUACCGGAUACGAUAACGAACACGAAGGUAAAGAUGAGAAACUCCAAUCUCAUUCGUACAACGGUGAAGUCACUCUGAAUGACAUCGAUCCGGAGUAUCAAGAGUAUCUACAGCUCGAUGAAGAGUUCUCUGGAGAUGCUUUGAAGAAGCUUACUCGAAAGAUCGACUGGAGAGUUAUCCCUCAAUUGAUAUUCAUUUACAUGUUAUCUUAUAUUGAUCGAGGAAAUGUCGGUAAUGCGAGAUUAUUCGGUGCUCAAACGGAUACAAAGCUUUCCGAUACCGAUUGGAACAUCGGUUUAUCCCUCUUGUUUAUAACAUUCGGUUUCGGUGGUUUACCAUCCAACAUCCUCGUCAAGAAAUUCGGACCUAAAAAAGUCCUUCCAGUCCUCUUAACAGGAAUCGGAGCGUGUCUCGUCGGUGCUGGAUCCUCUCACAACAGAGCACAAUGGUUUGCUCUUCGAUUACUACUCGGUUUAUUCGAAGCUGGUAUGUACCCUGGAUGUACAUACACUUUGACAACAUGGUACACCCCUGCCCAGAUCCAUAGUAGGACCACGAUCUAUUACCUAGGUGGUGUCCUAUCAGGUGCUAUAUCUGGAUUGUUGGCAUAUGGGAUAGGUCAAAUGGACGGGAGGAGCGGACAAAGAGGUUGGAGAUAUAUUUAUUGGAUUGAGGGUGCUAUCACAUUCUCUAUUGGAAUUGUCGCAAUGUUCACUUUACAAGAAACACCUCAGAAAACCAAGAAAUGGUUGAACGAUAGAGAAAAGAGGUUUUUGUUAUUGAGAUCGAAAUAUAUGUAUGGUGGUGGAAGGAUGGGAAGUAAAGACGAAUUUUCAUUGAAAGACGUUAUGAAAGCUUUGAAGUCAGUCCACGUUUGGAUCCUUUCCUUCGCUUUCAUCUGCAACACCAUUGCAUUAUACGGUUUCUCCCUCUCUUUACCUACCAUCGUCAAGAACAUGGGUUUCACAGCUGCCAAUGCCCAGGCGCUCUCGGCUCCUCCAUACGUCUUCGCUGCGUUCUGCGUGGUCGCCUCGGGUUUGUUCUCCGAUAAAUACAGGUUGCGAGCUGCUACGGUGGUCUUCCCUUCAAUCGUCGGGUUCAUUGGAGUACUUAUCUGUGUAUUGACUGUCAAACAUAAACAUCUCGUAGCUUUAUCUUACGUCGGAACUUGCAUUGCCGCUGGAGGGUUAUACUGCCUUACACCCGCUUUGACCGUAUGGACAGGAUUAAACACUGCCGGACAGACUAAGCGAGCAGCAGCCAUCUCCAUCUCUUUCUUAUUCGCUGCUAUUGGUGGUAUUCCAGGAUCUUACAUCUACCUAGCAAAAGAAGCUCCUGGCUACCCGACAGGUUUCGGGGUAUCCCUUGGACUGAUGGGAUUCGGAAAUAUCGUUGUCCCCGCCUUGUACUGGUUAUACUGCGGUAGGAUCAAUAAGAAACGUGAUCAGAUGUCCGAAGAGGAGAUUCACCAGAAAUACAGUCAUGAGGAGUUGGAAGAGAUGGGUGAUCUUUCACCUCUCUACAGAUACGAACGAUAA